UGUGAUGUUAUGAUAUAUCAAAUCUUACUUUUCUAUUUUAGUGUAUGUUUAACUAACUAACUCGUUCUCAUUUUAUAAUCUACUUCAUUAUUUAGAAUGUUUAUUUUCAUUUUCUUAGAAAACCUCAAGGUUGAACCUAUGAGGCUAUUGGCUGAUAUGGAUAACCAGAUUAUAGGAGCUAAAGAAGAGGUCCUGAGCAGAAAAGAAUAUUGGAUAAGGUUGCGAAAUGGGUGUUCGUUUGCGAAGAAGAGGGCUGGCUUGAGGACUGUAAUCGGCUCGAUUACAUCAGCUUUUCACAUUCGUAGAGUUACAAGCCAAGUUGAUAUGAUGGAUCAAAACGAUGGAUACUCGGAGAGACACAACUACUCAUCUCCAGAGUAGGACAAUCAAGGCAUUGUGAAAAGCAAGAGCAUUAACACGUGAGAAGAAAGUACAAAUAGUUGAAGAAUUAAAGGCUAAACCAAUACAAGUGUUGGACAUUUAUUGGAAAAUAAAGCUUAAGUAUUAAUUUGCAUGGUCCUUAAAUGUUUUACACUUAAAUGUGGUGGUUACUAAAAUAAUGUUAAAGUAAUAUUUAAAUAUAUGUUAUUAUGAUAACCAUUUAUGUACACGUGUACUUGUGGUAUCAUAAUAUUUAUAUUACUUUAUUACUUUUGUUUUGCACUUGUAAGCUCAUUUCAAAAUAUUAGAUUUUAAAUUUGAAGAUAAUGCCGCACUUUUUCUAAAAAGAAUAGUUGUGUACUUUUGAAAAGGUGUGAUCCUUCCAAGGAAGGAAGUUUGACAACCGUUUCAUCGUAAGUUCAUUUCGGUUGGUGAAAUCCUUUUAAAAGAGACAUCAAUUUAAUUAUAAAUAUGAGGAUCAUGCUGAAAUGAAGGAUGCACGGCAAAAUCAUUUUGUCAAUUUCUCUAUAUGCCUUACUCUAUUACUUUUAUCUGCAGUAUUGGUAAUAAAGUGUUUAGACCACUUUAUAUACAAAUCACUUGUUCGGUGUUAUUUUAUCGGUAACUAAAAUACACCAUACACCUUCUUUUUAUCUCAAAAGUUCUAUCUUGUAACCCGGUUACUGUGAUAAGGGUAGAUAGUAGUAAACUUUUAGGAAAGCGUAUUUUAUACGUGACUAGAAGUGAUAUCCGGUCCAACCAUAUUUAUACACCCUUAUAUUUUACUAAUUUUAUCAUCCGGUUCUAACAAUCUAAAAGUUUACUAGUCCGUAAAUAUGGCCGCUACGCAACGUGAUAUCAACACCAAUUUUCAAAAAUUGGAAAAAUUUGAAGGUGUGGAAUUUCGAAGGUGGCAGGAAAAGAUGCAUUUUUUGCUUACCACUUUGAAAGUGGUCUACGUGUUAAGCACUCCGAGGCCGCCCGAGUCUUUGGAAACAAGUCAUUGUCGCAUAAAGUGGGACAAUGAUGACUAUAUCUGCCGUGGACACAUUUUGAAUGGAUGAUGAAUCUUGGUGGAUCGAAACCGGAGCAACAAGGCAUGUAUGUAAAGAUAGGCAAUCUUUUAAGACUUUAAAAGAGUUGCAAGAGGGGCCAAUCUUAUACAUGGGAAAUGACGCUACUGUGCAAAUUCAAGGAAUUGGGCAAGUAGAGUUGGAAUUAUCUUCCGGAAAGAAAUUAAUUCUUAAUGAUGUGUACUUUGUACCACAAAUCCGGAAAAAUCUUGUCUCCGGUGGGAUCCUAAAUAACUUUGGGUUUAAACUUAGCUUUGAAGCAAAUAAGUUUGUUUUAUCUAAGGAUGGUGUAUUUGUUGGCCAAGGUUUCUAUUGUAAUGGCAUGUUCAAACUAAGUGUUGUAAAUAAAGUUGUUAAUUCUGUUUA